AUGGCCCACGAAAACGAUAUUACUUAUUAUAGAUGCCUUAUCAUUCUCUUCACAGUUACUUUUGCUUCCACUGAGAAAGCAACUGCUCUCCUGAAAUGGAAAGCAACUUUCCAAAACAAAAAUAAUUCCUUAUUGGCUUCAUGGACACUAAGUACUGAUGCAUGCAGGGGUUGGUAUGGAGUUAUAUGCUUUAACGGUCGGACAAACAGGUUGAAGAUUACUGAUGCUGGUGUCAUUGGUACACUCCAUGAUUUUACAUUUUCAUUUCUCCUGUUUCUUGAAUAUGUUGAUCUUAGCAUGAACCAGCUCUCUGGUAUCAUCCCCCCUACAAUAGGAAACCUAACUAAUCUUGUCUAUCUUGACAUGUCGAUCAACAAGAUUUCAGGCAAAAUCCCACCUCAAAUCGGCUCACUAUCAAAGGUUGAGACCCUCGUCAUCUUUGACAACCAUGUAAAUGGUUUCAUUCCUGUUGAAAUUGGGAAGAUGAAGUCACUUGAGGUUUUAGACUUACAGAGGAACAAUCUUUCUGGUCCGAUUCCAAUAAAUCUAGGUGACUUAACUGAGCUCGAAAGUUUGCACCUUUAUUCUAACCAACUUUCUGGUCCCAUUCCUAGUGAAUUAGCAAAUUUGAAAAAUCUUUUUGAUCUGGAGCUAUGCGAUAAUCAGCUUGGUCGUUCAAUCCCAAUAACUUUAGGUGACUUAACUCAGCUCAAAAUUUUGUACCUUUAUUCUAACCAACUUUCUGGUCCUAUUUCUAGUGAGUUGGCGAAUCUGGAAAACCUUAAUGAUCUACAUUUAUUCUAUAAUCAGCUUAGUGGUUCAAUUCCUGCUUCCUUUGGCAAUUUGAGAAACUUGCACUCACUACAUCUCGGUGAUAACAAACUUUCUGGUUCAAUUCCAAUAACUAUAGGUGACUUAACCGAGCUCAAAAGUGUGCAAUUUUAUUUAAACCAACUUUCUGGUCCCAUUCCUAGUGAGUUGGGAAAUUUGAAAAAACUCACUUAUUUGGAUUUAUCUGAUAAUCAGCUUAGUGGUCCAAUUCCCAUUUCCUUUGGUAAUUUGAGAAACAUGCGGUCACUAUAUCUCGGUACCAACAAACUUUCUGGUUCCAUUCCAAAAGAAGUUGCAUAUAUGGAUAACUUGGUUGUCUUAUCAAUAAGUUACAAUGAAUUUUCAGGCCAUUUGCCAGAGCGGCUUUGCAAAGGUGGGAAACUUGAGAACUUCAAAUCUUUUACGUAA